AUGGGGCUCCUGCACGCGCCGCACCGCCAACGACAGCUCGACGGCUCGACGGCUCGACGGCGCUCCCCCUCCUCCUCCCCCUCCUCCUCCUCCACGACACUCGACUCAGUCCCCUCCCUUGGCGCAGAGCGAGGCUGCCAUGCUGCGAUGCUCUCUCCCCUGCGCCUCCUCUUGCUGAGCGCUGCCGCCGCCUUCACGGCACGCGCGGCCGACUACCACGAGCAGCUCCUCCUCCGCCCGCUGCCCCUGGACACGCUGCUCGCGUCGUUCAACUUCCGCAGCAACGAGAGCCAGGCGGGGUUCGAGCAGCAGAACUUCCGCUACGUGCCGCGCUCGCUCGGCCAGAUUCUGCAGCACGCACACACCAAGGAGCUCCACCUGCGGUUCAGCGUGGGCAGAUGGGACGCCGAGAACUGGGGCCAGCGGCCGUGGCAGGGGGCGCGAGAGGGCGGGACGGGCGUCGAGCUGUGGGCCUGGGUGGAGGCCGAGAGCGAGGAGCAGGCCUUUGCUCGCUGGCUGACGCUCACCAACGCCCUGUCUGGCCUCUUCUGCGCCUCGAUCAACUUCAUCGAUGCCACAAAGACCAUCCGCCCCGUCAUGGCCUUCGCGCCCGAGGGCGACCACGCCAACGCGCCCAACCUCCACCUGUUGCACGGCACCCUGCCCCACGAGGUCGUCUGCACCGAGAACCUGACGCCCUUCCUCAAGCUGCUCCCCUGCAAGGCCAAGGCCGGCAUCUCGAGCCUGCUGGACGGACACAAGCUGUUUGACGCCUCCUUCCAGACCAUGGCCAUCGACGUGCGCCCCGUGUGUCACCUCGACAACGCCACCUGCUCGCUGGAGAUGGAGCAGUCGGUCGACAUGGUGCUGGACAUUGCCCGCUCCAAGAGGUCGCGCGCCAACCCCAUCCCCCGUCCGCUGCCCAUCCACCAGAUGGAGUGCGACACCGCCAAGCCCUACAGCGCCGACGACACCUGCUUCCCCCUGAACAAGGGCACCGAUCCCGGCUGGUCCCUGCACGAGCUCUUCGGCCGCCCGCUGAGGGGAUUGUGUCCGCUGACCGACGAGGGCCACGACAGUAGCAGUGUGUGCAUCAAUACCCCGCCAGAGCGCACCGUCGACGUCGACACUGCUGGCCACUUUACCGAGACGAGACGAGACUCGGACACGCUCCGCUGCUACGGGCUCGCAGCUGGCGCAGACUUCGACCUCGUCUUGCCGGAGCAGAAGAUGACGACAGGCCUGCUUCGCCCAGACCCACAGCUCUUCGCCGCCCGAUCCAUCAACGGACACGGACAGGAGCGUGGAAGCACCCAGGCCAUCAUCAAGAACCCUUCGGCUACGGACCAAGUCGACUUUGUCUACCUGGAGUCUCUGCCUUGGUUUAUGAAGCCAUACCUCCAUACGCUGCGUGCUCAGAUAGACACGUCCCCGGAGAGCCCCAUCAAGGAGACAUACUACAGGCCGGCGCUGGACAGACGACGCGGCACCCACCUCGAGCUGCGCAUGGUCAUCCCGCCGAGCUCCACCCUCACGCUCACGUACGAGUUCGAGAAGGCCAUCCUCCGCUACACCGAGUACCCGCCCGACGCCAAUCGAGGCUUCGAUGUUGCCCCGGCCGUCAUCCGCGUUCUCUCGCCGCAGCCUGCAGACAAGAAGGGCAUCUACGUCCGCACCACAUCGCUGCUGCUGCCCCUCCCAACGCCCGACUUCAGCAUGCCCUACAACGUCAUCAUCCUGACCAGCACAGUCAUGGCGCUCGGCUUCGGCAACAUCUUCAACCUGCUGGUGCGUCGCUUCGUGGGCGCUGACGAGGUGCCGGCCGCCGGUGGAAACCUGAAGGACAGGCUGUUGGCGAAGAUUGCCGGCAUCAAGCUGAGGCUUGGGCGGGCGUGA